CGUUCUUAUAAAUCAUUAUACCAAAAAACCAAAAAAAAAUAAAAAAAUAAAAAAUAAAAUAAAAUCUUAUAAAGAAGCAAGAAAAUAGUAGAAUAGUAGCAUUUGCUUUGUAAACAAACAAAAAUACAUGGAGUCCACAAUUAUAACAGAAGGCAGAGUUAAUUAUUUACAAGGUUUAAAUAUAGAAACAAGCUCCGUUAAAGAUGAACAAGUCUUGAAAGAAGCUGAUCCAACUUCGGCUCAUGCUAUUGGCAAUGAUUCAUGGCAACAAGUUAGUUUGUUGCUCAUAACGGGGUUCAAUUGUGGAUGGAUACUAUCCUUUUCAAAUCUUAUGAUGGUACCCCUAGGUUGGACAUGGGGUAUCGUCGUGUUAGUUCUGAUCGGGUUAGCCAGUGGCUAUGCGAACUGGCUAUUGGCAGGGUUUCAUUUCAUACAAGGCCAAAGAUUCAUUAGAUACAGAGACAUCAUGGGGCAUCUAUUUGGGAAACAUAUGUACUAUGUUACAUGUUUUCUCCAAUUUUCAACCUUUAUUUUGGCAAACAUGGGUUUCAUCCUGCUAGGAGGCAGAUCACUUAAGGAAAUAAAUUUGGUGUUUAGUGACACAACAAUGAGGCUCCAGUGUUUCAUCAUAAUCACAGCAAUAGUUUACUUCCUCUUUUCUUUUACCGUACCAAACCUCUCUGCCCUGAGAAUUUGGUUAGGAGCCGCAACAAUCCUCACUUUCACUUACAUCGGAGUCAUUCUCGUAGCAGCAGUCUGUGAUGGAAAAUCUAAUAAACAUAGAGACUACGAAGUGAAGGGAAGCACAAUCAAUAAGGUGUUCAAUGCCGUAGGUGCGAUAUCAACCAUCGUACUAAGCAACAAUUCGGGCUUGUUACCUGAAUUACAGUCUACCCUACGGAAGCCGGUUGUCAAAAACAUGAGAAAAGCAGUGUAUGCACAAUUUACUCUAGGUGUCAUGGGAUAUAAUGGUGUUGCUCUAGUUGGAUAUUGGGCUUACGGUUCGGAUGUGCCGGAUUAUCUCCCUAAGGCACUAAGCGGGCCUAAAUGGGCGAAAAUCCUGAUCAACUCUGCUGUAUUUCUUACUAAUGUCAUCUCACAACAUAUGUUUUUCCAACCAGUUCAUGAGGCCUUAGAUACCAGAUUUUUGAAAGCAGAGGAGGGUGUAUACUCGAAAGAGAAUUUGAAAAGGCGGUUCCUCCUACGAGCAAUUCUCUUCACCGGAACUACUGUGGUGGCAGCAGCAUUACCUUUCAUGGGAUAUUUCAUAAACCUCUUGGGAUCAUUCACACUUGUUACAUUAACAUUUAUAUUUCCGAGUAUGAUCUUCAUCAAGGUUAAGGGAAAAUCGGCUAGGAUUGGACAAAAGGCAUGGCAUUGGACUAUCAUUUUCAUAUUUUCUUUAGUUGCAGUGGCAACUACAAUAUCUUCAUUCAGAUUAAUAAUAAACAAUGUUAGAAGCUACCAUUUUUUUGCGGAUCAAUAAUAAUAUUGAAUUACAUAAGUUAUACAUACAGUAGUCCGCGUUGGUCUAGUAGUUGGUUCUACACCCUCUCCAGCUAUGGCUGAUACCAAAUUAUCGCCUUUCCAUGGAGUGUUACACGGGGUGCUUGUGUCGCGCUUGCACAGGGUACCAGUGUACAUUGGAAGAAGACUUGAAAAAUUUCAAGUAAGCCGAGUGAUUUGUCAAUUAUGUUUUUUUUAUAACAGCCAUUUUAAGGCUAUUGAACUUUUUGGUACGUUGUAAUAUCUAUAUCUAUUGAAAUUAUGUAGGCUUUGAUUUUUCUUUA